AUGGGUCGCGCCUCGAAGUUCGCCUUCCCCUUGCCCGGCCGCCGCGCCCACGGCGAGCGGGACCAUCACUUGGAGCCCGCCGCCGCUCCCGACUAUGACUACCAACAACCCUCCUCCAAGGCAGAGCGUCUCUUGGGCACCGGCCUGCCGGGCCACCGCCAAGGGAGCUACUCGUCUGCCAGCGGCGUCCCCCGCAACAAUUCGGCCACUCCGUCGCUGGAGACCAAGAAAAGCUACAUGAGCUUCACCCUCGCCGACGAACGCAAGGGCUCGCUUUACAAUGACGACGGCCACCUCGUACCACCCAAUCCCCGCUUCCACCAGGAUCAACCCUCCACCCGCAGCAAGGACCGUUCCGCUUCCGUCACCAGUUCCACGCACAGCAGGAAGUUGCAAUCCCGAGGCUCUUCUUCCACCAUGCGCUCCCACCACGAUGGUGUGUUACGCAAAGGUCACCCUGCCUUGCACUCCUCGCAGAGCCUGGACCAGGAGAGUCUGCGCGAGUCCAUCCGUAGCGGCGACCUUGAGUCGGGCAAGAAGAAGAGAAUCCCCGCCCGCCUCGAUCUGUCCAAGCUGUUCCCCAAAGCCCCCAAGUCCAGAGACAACAAUGAUCAACAGCUUCUCUCCCCUACCAAGUUCGUUAGCUCUCCCAUGCCCAUGUCGAGCACCUCGACGCAUUUCUCGCGCCCUCUGACCUCGCCUACCACGUCGUCCCACAAUAGAGCUCCUUCUGUCUCGAGCACCAAGACCAGCGACACCCUUCGUGAAGGGAGAGCCCAGGCUGCCAAGGACCGCGCUUACAAGGCUCCGUUCGACAACGCCAAGGUCAACAGGCGAAGACCCCCGCCAGGCAUUCAGCAUUGGUUCGAUGGCAUUAGUGACGACGACGAAGAGGAGGAAGAGGAGGAGGUGGAGACGCCACCGGUGCGAGCGAGCGCAAGGCCUCAAGAAUCUCGAUCCUUGCCCCAGCGACAGCCAUCACAGCACGAUCACCGACGACGAGAGUCUCCCCCUCGGCACGGCCGUAAGCCUUCACACAACAAGGCCGCGCCCAAGCAACCCUCCUAUCCAGCCGACGACCGUGCUUAUGCCGCGGACCGCUCGUAUGCUUCAAAGCAUGGAUAUUCAAACGAGCUGCACGCAGACCACCAAAGCUACCGCUAUCGCUCCGACUAUCAUCAGACUGGUGUGGAUAGCCGGUCUUCCGACAAGCCUCAUGUCCGGGCUCAACCUAGUCAGGCUUCUCUGGCGAGCCACAAAACGGGCCGGACCAACACGAGCAAAAUAUCCAGCAGGGACCUGAAAGGUGACAGCGUUCUGUCACUUUCUUCGUCAGAAGACGAGAGUGAUCCUAGGAGCAGCGGUACCAGUCUGCCAAUCAUCCGCGACAGUCUUGCCAUGUCUACCGACACCGAAGGCGAGAUCUUGAUUGGUAGGGCCCAAGCGUUCGAUAUCAGACCCCGUCAAACCCGCACCGGAAGACGCAUGACUACGGCAUCUGGGACUAGUGUGCAGUCCUCAGGGACCGGUACCACUAUCGAUGUCAUGCUGUCCCCGACUACUGCCGCCUCCAGCCAGACGAACUUGCUUCUCCCCAGACAUUCCAAUUCCCGAAGUGCCGGCAGACGCGGCUCUCGACACGCCCGGCAGGUUUCUGCAAUCCCAGAGGAUCUGGACGGCGAUUCGAAACGCUACAGUGGAAGCAUUAGCAAUGUGUCCUUCGAGGACAAGGACACGAGUAGCAUUAGGAGCGGAAGGACAUCCAAGAGCGAGCCCAGACAUCUGGGUCACAAGCUCAUGGCUGUCACUGAAGAAGAGGAGGUGCUCUUGGAACUCAUGCGUAGGAAACGUGCCGCCAUGGCAAAGCAGAGCUUCACGGAUGGUUAUCGAUCGGCCAUCAGGGCUGAACACCACUACAUGUCGAUGGAUAGCCCCAUUUCGGAAUACUCGAGCAAGCAGAGCCUCGCCGACAGUGACCGGAGGCAUUCUAAGAAGUCGUUUCACUCUCAGACCACGGCGGCAGAAACAGAGACUUCUUCAUCGACUUUGGAAACGCUUUCUAAUGCAACCUACGUGCCGCAAUCACGGUCUGAUAAGAAGAACCGGGCCCCACCUACGGCGAACGAAGCACUACUCAGGUCACCUGCUUCGAGUUCAAUCACGUCCGCCUCCUCGGUUUUCUCUUCGCCGCGAUCGCGCCCUGUGCAGCGAAUCAUGUCGCAAGCCCCUCAGCUGUCUCCUGCUCUUUUCUCUCCGCUGGAGGUCUUCCCUUCGCCACCUGACUCUCCUAAUUUCCCCGCCACUGCCUCGCACACUGACACGAUUCCCUCGCCCGUCACGCCGGGUCCCGGCCCCCACGGCGACCUUCACGUCAAGGUUGCUGGCAGCUCUAUCGGUGGCAGUGAAGCCAGUUUCGGUACUGACCAGGACUCGAUUCACAAUGCCCACCACCACCAUCAUCCGUCGUCUGAUUUCACCAUGAUCCACAAGGGCAAGGAGAGAGCGCGCGUAGUUACCAAGCACGCCGAAGACAUGGACGGCGCCCGUGCUACCCACGGUAUCGAUAGGGCCCGUAGCCACAGCCGCCGGCGCACUGCUAGCUCUGGAGCCAAUAUCGCCGCCCCUUGCGCAGAAACGACGGGAGAGACAGCAGCCUCCAACUUUGUUGUCCCGCCCCGCACGUCCUCGAUCAUGGCGUUCCCCAAGCCUGGAAUUUCGAUUCAGCAGGAUGAUGUGCACUCGGUGUCUUCGGCGGCGUCAAGCAAGAGCCGUGCUCGGCCUGGUGAGGGUGAAUGGGACUGGGACGCCGAGGUUGACGUAGGCGCAGUCAUCAGCCAAGUCCGCAAAUCGCGCUCUUCGCACAUUUUGGGCAGCUCGCGCACCUCGGUUUCGUCGACCACGAAGCAGCGUUUGAGCAGGCAGAACAGCACCACGAGCCACGUCAGCAGCAAGAGUGGCGCCAGGAGUGAUGCUGGAGACAGGCUUUCGGUGACUCCCAUGUCUAGUGCUGCUAUUGCUCAGAGGAGCAGCGUUUGCGAUGACGUCCUUGCUGCGUGGAGCAGCCUUGGUGGCUCCCGCGGUGAAUUCUACGGUUGA